UUUAAUUUCAAAUAUAGUAUAUGUUUUACUCAAUACAUUUUGUGUUUAAAUACCCCCAUUUUCUUCCAAACUACCCAGUCCAUUCUUUUUUUUUAAAAAAAAAAACCAGUAAGAAUUUAGAAAUUAUGGCAGCAUCAAUUUAUGCUUCAUCUUCAUCUUCUUCAACUCAACAAACAAUUUUACGAGCUCAGAAAUUAAGUGACCACCUCAUUAAUGGCGUAUCAUCACCUUUUAUUUCACUUAAAAAGACUAUAUAUGUCUCCCCUAAACGAUGCCGUUUAAACCUCCCCUCUCGAAAUUUCGGUUACAGCUCACGAAGAGCUGGAUCAAUGACUGGCAAUUUAGAAGCAGUUAGUACUGGAUCUCCGACAUCUGUGCCAGUUCGUGUGGCUCAUGAGCUUCUUUUAGCUGGCCACCGCUACUUAGACGUCCGGACUAUGGAAGAGUUCACUGCUGGGCAUGUUCCUGGGGCUGUAAAUAUCCCUUACAUGUUACGAAUUGGUUCAGGAAUGACAAAGAAUCCAGAUUUUCUUGAACAAGUGUCAUCACUUUUUGGCAAAGAUGAUGAAAUCCUUGUUGGUUGUCAGAGUGGGAAGAGAUCUCUUAUGGCUGCAAAUGAUCUUCAUUCUGCUGGUUACAGUAGUAUCAUCGAUAUCGCUGGUGGUUACUCGGCUUGGGCUCAGAGUGAACUUCCAACAGAAAUGUAACAGCCCUAAUUGAUACAAGUACAUGUAGUGAGAUCGGAAAAUUGUGUAUAUAUCAAUAAGUUGUAUAUUUUUCAACCAUCUUCCUGCUGUAAGCCUUAAGUUAAGCCAAGAAAUGGCAUUUAGCUUUUGUUUCUUUGUAUUCCUUUUGCACUUAAGAUGUGUGGCCGGGAGUGAUGCUCAGGCACUCGGCUGCAUUGAUGUACGAAGUCGGGAGAUGUUUAUGUAUCACCCAAGAGAAAAUCACAAGACAUAAGCUAAUGAAAGCGAAACGAACAUUGUUAAACAAA